UUCUCGACAUAAGUUGAAGUAUUAUAUUUACUGAAGUGGAGGAGACUGAAAACUUUUGGAAAAAUUUAGAGAGGAGAAAAAUUGUUGAUUUUAGAUAUGUAUUUUAAACGAUUUAGUCUAUUAAACAUGCAGGAUUUGAUUGUACAUUUAGUAACUUAACAUUUUCAAAAGAAAUAAGAAAUGGAUUUUUCAGCGCGUUUUAUUUUAACUGCAAAGUGUGUGGCGUACAAGGAAUUAUAAAAAGCGAAAAUCUUAACGAUAAUAAUAUAGAUGUAAAUACGUCUAUAGUCUUUUCUAUUGUAAAUACUGAACAAGGAUACUCACACUCGAUUUGUGCAAUUUGCUGCUACUAUGAAUAUGCCUAAUAUGUCCAUCAAAUUAUAUCAACAUGUUCAUUCAAAUAUUUUUAAAAAUUUAAACGAUUUAGCAUGGAGAGAAAUGCUCAUUGCUGGAAAAGACGCCAAAUCGGCUAUAGAAAAGGGCGAAAUUAACCAUUUAGGAAGACCUAAAAUUGCAGUAGUUGCUGAUGGAGCUUGGAGCAAACGAUCCUAUAAAACCAAAUAUAACGCACUGUCUGGUGUUAUUUGUAUUAUCGGCGCUAGAACCAAAAAGGUUAUAUUUUUUGGAGUCAGAAACAAAUAUUGUUGUGUAUGUCAAUUGGCUGAAAAUUGUGGCGAACUAACACAAAAACAUGUUUGUUUCAAAAAUUGGAAUUCGGCAUCAACCGCAAUGGAAGCCGAUAUUAUUUUUGAAGGUUUUAAACAAAGUCUGGACAUGCAUAAUAUUAUUUAUGCUCAGUUAAUCGGUAAAUAA